AAUUGGCGACGCUUGUGCAGGAAGGAGCUUGAUUUGCACCUCGUGGGUCGGAAGCGGUUCCUGCUUGGAGUGGUGCCCGCAGCCGUCUACCGCGGGAAUCGGAAAAGACAGCACAUCUUGCCAGUACUAAAGAGCAUCUAAUUGCAGCCAUGGAUUACAGGGAGGAAAUUAUGAGUCAAAUAGUACCAGGACAAUUUGACGAUGCAGAAGCUUCAGACAGUGAACGUGUCCAGGUGAUGAAAGCCGCUCUGGAGGAGAAGGUGGUUGUGCAAAUGCAGCAGUCGCGCUUGCGGGAGGAAGCCGACUGGGAUGAAUUUGAUGAGAGCAAUGAGGAAGGAGAUGAUGAUUGGGACUGGGAUGAUACCACAGGAAAGUUGACAAACCGAAAUCCUGUCUCUGGAGGAAGAAGCCUGCAGGCAAACAAGCAGACUCCAAGUUGCAACUCAGCUAAACUUUCCACUCCUACAGAUAAAGCCAUAAGAAAGUUUGAACAUAAAAUCAAUCUAGACAAACUGCUUUUGGCUGACUCAGUUAUAAAUAAAGUUACAGAGAAGUCCAGGCAAAGAGAAGCAGAAAUGUACCGAGUAAAAGAUAAAUCAGACAGAGCAACUGUGGAACAAGUUCUGGAUCCAAGAACUCGAAUGAUCCUUUUCAAGAUGCUAACAAGAGGUGUCAUAUCAGAGAUCAAUGGCUGCAUCAGCACCGGAAAAGAGGCGAAUGUAUAUCAUGCCAGUACUGCAAAUGGAGAGAACAGAGCAAUAAAGAUUUAUAAAACUUCUAUUCUGAUGUUUAAAGAUCGGGAUAAAUAUGUGAGUGGGGAAUUCAGGUUUCGCCAUGGAUACUGCAAAGGGAACCCAAGAAAAAUGGUCAAGACGUGGGCAGAAAAAGAAAUGAGGAAUUUAACAAGGCUACACACAGCGCAAAUUCCAUGCCCAGAACCUAUUAUGCUAAGAAGUCAUGUUCUUGUUAUGGGCUUCAUUGGCAAAAAUGAUGUGCCUGCUCCUCUGUUGAAAAAUGCACAGUUAUCGGAGUCAAAAGCCCGGGAGUCAUAUCUCCAAGUCAUACAAUAUAUGAGAAGAAUGUACCAGGAUGCAAAGCUUGUCCAUGCAGAUCUCAGUGAAUUUAAUAUGCUGUACCACAGUGGGGAGGUGUACAUCAUCGAUGUGUCCCAGUCUGUGGAACACGACCACCCACAUGCUUUAGAAUUCCUGAGGAAAGACUGCGCCAAUAUCAAUGGUUUUUUCCAAAAAUAUAAUGUUGCCGUAAUGACAGUGAGAGAGCUUUUUGAGUUUGUCACCGAUCCAUCGAUUACAAGUGAGAAUAUGGAUGCUUACCUUGAAAAGGCCAUGAAAAUAUCAUCUGAGAGAACGGAGGAAGAAAGGUCCAAUCAAGAUAAUGUGGAUGAAGAGGUGUUCAAAAAAGCAUAUAUCCCUAGAACUCUGACUGAAGUUAAGAACUAUGAGAGAGAUGUGGACAUAAUGAUGAAACUGAAGGAAGAUGAUACAGCCUUAAACAUGCAGCAGGAUAAUAUUCUGUACCAGACUGUGACUGGGUUAAAGAAGGAUUUGUCUGGUGUUCAGAAGGUGCCUGCUCUCCUUGAAGGCAAAGAGGAGGCAGAAACAGAUUCUGAAGAUGAUGGUGGGGAUUCUGACAACACUGAACCAGGUUGCAAAGAACAGGAAGAAUCUGUACAUCCUAAAGAUCAGCCUGCUGAAAUGGAUGUGAAUAAAAAGGAAAGGAAGAAGAUGACCAAAGAGGCUCAGAGGGAGAAGAGAAAACACAAGAUCCCAAAGCAUGUGAAGAAACGAAGAGAGAAGACUGCAAAGAUGAAAAAGGGCAAAUAAGUCAUGGUUGCCAUUCUGGGGGGCACCGUUAGACAUUCAUGACUUAAGGGUCACUGUUUUGGUACCAAAUAACUCCCCACACCCUUCAUCUUGGCAAAUAUCAGAAGACUGUUGGGUCAGGAUUCAUUGUCACCAGUGGCAGAAACUGGCUUCUUUACUCUUCCCUACCCAUACAUACAGGCACUGGCUCUUCUUGGUGAGAAAUGACACUUGGGGAACUUUGUAGGGCACUUGGCCUGUCCAGAGAAAGUUACGCAACUUACAGUUCUACAUUUUAGUAGUGUGAGCAUAUGUAGCAAUGCUGUAUUGUGCACACCAAGUUCUUCAUUGUUUAUGUUCAAAAAUUACAUGUGCAGAUGGACGUACAUAUGUAAAUAAUCCUAUGUAUGGGGCAGGAUAUACAUAUUCCCAUUUAUAUCUGCUGUCUUGAAGUGCUGCAGGUUGUCUGAUUGCACAUCUUUUCAAGGGCCAAUACUUUUUGUGGAAAGGGAAGCAACUAAGGACAUUCUACAGGACCUUCAUGUCCUACGCAUCGUGAAGGACCUUCAUGUUCUGCGUAUCUAUCACAGCCUGCAGCUUGAUGGUGAGCUGGAGCUGGUGGGGAAUGCCUGUGUCCAGAAGCCAACCUUGCCAGGUUGAUGACCUUCCUCACACUAGGAAUGCUCAGCUUUGUGCUGGUCUAGAAGAUGGGCUCGGAUGUGGAAAAGCAGAACAGCAAUCCUCAUGUUACCCCAUUGCUGUUGUUUAUCAGCCGGUGAAGGGCUCUAUGGGGUCUAGUCUUCCAGUGUCGGAGUCCACCUCUUGCCACCUGAUGGAAGAGUAGCAACAGAACUCUGCCACCUGGGUAGCUGUUUCACCAUUCACCCCCAUCGGUGGCUUUGAUUUCUCCAUUGGUAUAUGUGUAUAUAGCGAUUCUUGUUUCUGUGAGCAAGAAGACACUCUGGUGACAAUUACAACAUCUUUUUGUUC